UUGGCCCUCCUGAAAAAGUUUUCAGGCUCAGACUCUUACUAUAAUAGAAUCUGAGGAAGAAAUUAAAACUUGCUUCCCUUUCUUUCCUUUCAACCUAGCUUCCAUCCCCACCUCUUCCCCUAAAAGAAACCCAUCAAUACUAAUUUCUUUUUCUCUUUCUGAUCUUCAAAUCAAAAGUACUUUGUUUGACAUGGAGGUGCUGAGUUUCUACGUUGGGAUCAUAGGAAACAUCAUCUCAGUAUUAAUGUUUCUUUCCCCUGUCGGGACAUUCCGGCGAAUAAUAAAGCGCCGGUCGACGGAGGAAUUUGAGAGCCUUCCUUACAUUUGCACAUUGUUAAACUCAUCCUUGUGGACUUACUACGGAAUUAUAAAGCCCGGGGAAUUACUGGUGGCCACCAUUAAUGGUUUUGGCAUCCUUGUCGAGACUGUCUACGUCACCUUAUUUCUUAUAUAUGCACCAAAAAGGUUGAGGGCUAAGAUUGCCAUGGUUGUCGGGAUGUUGGAUGUGGGCUUGCUAGCAGCAGCGAUUCUAGUUACUCGGCUGGCAUUGAAGGGAGAAGCACGUAUUGAUGCCAUAGGGAUAUUGGGUGCAGUUCUAAAUAUUAUGAUGUAUAGCUCACCUCUAGCCGCCAUGAGAACAGUGGUUAGAAGCAAGAGCGUGGAGUACAUGCCUUUCUUUCUCUCAUUUUUUCUUUUCUUCAACGGUGGGACAUGGGCUUUCUAUGCUUUGCUUGUGCACGACUAUCUCCUUUUGGUACCAAAUGGAUGUGGGUUUGUACUUGGAGCAGCGCAGCUAGUGGUGUAUGCAAUUUACAGAAAGGCAAACCAACGGAAAAACGUGUCAGAUACACUGGUUGAUGAAGAAGGAUGCCAACAUGAGCGCCUCAUCAUCUCGUCCUCAAGUUUAUCCCAUGAAAUCAUUAAUGGAGACUAGACAUUUAUAGUGACUCAUCAAAUACUAGUCAAGAGUAAUUAGCAAUUUUUUAUUUUUUUUUUCUUUUUUUACGUUUUAAUUUCUGCCCAGAUGAGUUGAGAGUUUUAUUGGCAAUUUUUUAUUUUUUAUUUUUUUGGUUUUAAUUUUUUCCUUCUUCUACUCAGAUUAGAGUUUUAUUAGUGCAUUUUUCCACCUUCCCACAAGUAAAUUAAGGGAAUUUGCUAGAGUUCUUUGAUA